GCAUCCUUUGCUCUUCUAUGCAGCCAUCCUGCGCCGACCGCAGCGCUUGUUACAGUUGGUGUAGCAUGGCACAAUACUGCCACCGCCCGCUGGAACUGCACUGCCUCCAGGUCACGGAUCGUCACGGCGACCAGUCUUCAACCGACGGCAGCUUCUUCUAUUAGACACAGCGCAAUGUAUCCCGGUCCGCGGUGACGUCUACAGUCCCGUGCGAAGUGCCCAGAGACUGCCUAAUCACAAGAGCAAGUUAUCACUUCGAUGGACCCACAUGUAGUCCGACCGGAACGGGGACAAUAAUACUAUUGAGUUUCUCCAGUCCCAUAUGCGAUUCAGCGUGCCAACACAAGCGAGCAUACCAAUAUCGACCAAAGCACCAGCGACAAACUUUCCACAAGCACGCUCCCUUCAAGCUCGAACCACUCCCGACACCAUGCCUAACCAGCCCUUUGUUGCAGCGAGAAUUGCCACUGCCGUGCCUACAACAGUAUACUUACCUACCUGGUACGACCCUUCGCAUGUCACAACCGGCUCCGACUUGAUUACAGAGCCCAAUGUCACCUCCGCCCGAAACAGCACUAGUACCUCUGCUCUUCAAGUACGAGCCGAUAGCCAAGGCGCCGACGCCUCUACCAUCAUACAAUCCGUAAGCAACCGCUUCGACAUCACUUUGAAUGUUGUCAAGGUUGUCAUGUACAUUUGUUAACUGACCAAGCUCGCUGAGAUUGUAAGUGCUCUUCGCUCCAGGCGGGCAGAAAAUCUAAAAGCUGCAAGGUCCUCGCUACUCUGGAUAAUAUGUGCCUCGAGGUAUAACGCUUGAGCCGCCUCGCGGCGUCGGAUUGGACUAUGUCGUUGGCUCGAUGACACUAAAGCGAUGGGUUAGGAAACUUAUGACGAUGAGUAAGGGUAGCGGUGAAGCGUCCGACAACAUGGUGCAGAGGCUGGUCGAGGAGCGGUUACCGGCGACAGCGACAUAAUUGACUUGUCUACAACUUCUGACGCAUUCUCAUAAACUCGACUGCUACCUGUAAGCUAUGUAUAUAGACGAACACGGCUUUCGCACAA